AUGGCUGUCUCCAGAGAACUAGCCCUGCAGACUAUGGAGGACCCCAUCACCAAACAUCGCCUGGAGCUGCUCGAGCGCACUGUUUAUGCCCUGCAGGCCCAACACCGUCUCCUAGACUACCGCAUCCAGUACAUGGAGGGCGAAAACAAGGCUCUGCGACUCAAGGCGUCACAGAACAAUGCCCCUUCCGCAGAAAACCAACCGCCUCAGAAGGCCCAUGUUCAUCACCCACGCGACUUGUCUGAUCUAGACAACUUUUCAGUCAGCGAGGAGCCACAGGAGCAACCUUCUAACAGCCAAGUCAUCGAUAUCCCAAAGACAAGUGUGUCCCAGAGCAUCCUCGACGAGCCAAGCCCGAUAAAUACGCCAGUGUUGACCCCUGCUCGCAUGAAACGGAGCGUGUCGAGCCUUCGAAACGUUGUUGCAAAUGCCAUCCCUUUUAUCCCAGCCUAUGUGGAAGUGUCGAUCAAGAGUCCAAAUGGGACCAAGGAGGUGAAGGAGGUGAAGGAGGAAAAGGAGGAAACUGUAGAAAGUUCAGCAACAGAGGAAUUCGAACCUCCUACACAGCCCCCCAAACAAGACCGAAAGACCCCUGUGCCAUGGGAUGGAACAAUUUCAUGGAAAAUCUUCAACAUCUUCAAAGACCGCGGCGAGGAGAGACAGGCCAUGCACAAUGCUGCACUCAUGAUUGGAGAUGGCAAGCUGGAGGAGCAGUGGCUCUUUCAGUAUGGCCUUCGCUACCUGCCCCAGCCCGACGACAGUGACGCAUAUCGCACUGUUCGUGUUGAAGGUCUUCCUCGAGACAUCACUAUGGACAAGGUACUUGCCGAAGUGUACUACGGAGAGGUGUAUUCAAUCGACUUGCUCAACACAUUCGGAAUCACCGGUUACCACACAGCUAGGGUCGUCUUCCUUCAUCAAAAGUCGGCCCUAGCCUUUUGCAAAUAUUCUCGAAAGAAGGGAGUGUACAUCGAAGGAGUUCGCGUCCGCGCCACUCUCGAGAAGACUGCGACGUACCCUGUUGGUCGUCACAUGAGAGAUGCAAUUGACAACGACUGUUGCACUCGUUGCCUAACCGCUCUCAACGUCGACAGUUCUCUACUUCUUUACACGAGGUCCCUAAUCGAGAGGUCGUACCUAAAAUACUCGAUCGAGACGCUCGAUCUAGAGGGCGAUACCAUCCACAUACGCUUCCACUCUAUGAGAGCGGCGGCGUUUGCGUACCAAAAGAUCACUAACGACAGCGCUUUCGAACAUUGCAUCCUCAAGUACGGCCAAGAUCCAUGCAGCCGCGUUCCGAGCAGCAAAACCGAGUAA